UCUCUGAAGCUCCCUUCACUUGUUGAGUCACAGUCAGGUGUUCCAGCCUGAGGGACGGACAUGAAGGAGCCGAAGCUCGCAGCCAUCACAAUGAGGCUUUGGCCAAAGAAGAAAGCGAGCAAAACAUCCAAAGACGAGGCUCAAAAAGAGGACAAGACAGCCAGGCCACUGGCCUCUGCUGCCGCAUGUGCCUUCCCACAGCUGACCGAAGCAGAGAGAACCAGGAUGUCACCAUUUGAGAGGAUCAUCUAUGACAUGGCCCACAACGAGAAGAUCGUCAAUGACCUGAUGCUUGGACGGAGGGUUGGCUUUUAUGAGCUGCGCGGAGAGAUUGGGCAGGGUAACUUCUCCACGGUCAGACUGGGCAUCCACGCCUUGACGAAAGAGAGAGUAGCUGUCAAAGUCAUGGACAAGCUGCGUCUGGAGAAGAGGAAGAAACAGCCCUUGACUUCCUUAGAGAUCAGCUGCAUGGAGAAGCUGUGCCACCCCAACAUAGUGCGUCUUUAUGAGGUGAUUGAGACCAGCCGGAAAAUGUAUCUGGUGAUGGAGUACGGCAGCGGCGGGGAUCUGUUCUCCCGGAUCACCACCAGGGGGAAGCUCGACGAGCUGGAAACCAAGCUGAUCUUUGCACAAGUGAUCUCUGCUGUUCAACACAUGCAUGACAACAACAUCGUCCACGGAGACCUCAAGGCAGAAAACAUCUUCUACACCACCAGCUACUGCAUCAAGGUGGGGGAUUUUGGCUUCAGCACAGAGAGCAGCCCCAAUGAGCCUCUCACCAACUUCUGUGGCUCUCCACCGUAUGCCGCUCCUGAACUGUUCAGGGAGAAGGGAUACAUUGGACGCUAUUCUGAUAUUUGGGCUUUAGGUAUUCUCUUGUACUUCAUGGCGACGGCCACAUUGCCCUUUUACGGGGACAACCUGGGGAGGCUGAAACGCUGCAUCCUCCAGGGAGCUUACAGAAUCCCUUCACAUGUGCCCGAUUCCUGCCAGCUGGUCAUCAAGGGCAUGCUGCGGCCUGUGCCUGCUGAUCGCUCCUCCCUCGCACAGAUUAUAAACAGUGCUUGGCUAAAGGGGCUUGAGUACCCUCGUCCCUAUGUCCUGUUGCCCCUGUCCCCGGCCCACUUUGCCCAGGCCGGCCAGGCUCUGUGUGUGGUGGAGCAGGAGGUGAAGAGCUUGCUGUCCGAUCUAGGUAUUGUGACCGUUCAUUUCAAAAACCAUCCCUGCUCCGAUUGUCGGAGCCCGUUGACGGGGACCUACCGGAUCCUCCUCCAUCGGGUCCAGAAGCGGAGGUCGGUGGAGGCUGUAGGUUAUUCAGCGCUUCAUCCUGAGGAAUAUGGGAACCCAAAGAACUGGUUCGCGGCAUCUGUGGACAAACACACUCCCUCUGCUGUCUGUGUUGUUUUGUAAUGAAGAGCUGGACUGCUUUAGUUUUGGCAACACAGGCACUUUAACACAUGCAGAUGUGCCCAUUUGCUCCUAUUCAAGUUGUAUUGUGCAAUAUUGGAAUGAAAAGGUGCACAUGCGGGUCAGUUGGACGGUUCCUCUGUCCCACAGCGUAAGUCAAUUAUAGCUCACAGACCAGAACAACUCUCUCAGGUAAUUAGAAAUGGAUUUCUGUUCUGAUUAUAUCACAGACAACAAGCUUAGUGAGGCAAAAUAUGCAUCUGUAUGCCUAUGAGCAUCUUCCAAUCCCUCUUAGUCAGAGCAUAAAUCUACUGAACUAAUCCUCGGCCACAAGUAAUCCUAAUCAUGGAGACGCUGAGAACAUGUUUGGUCCAACUAAAAAGAAACAUGAGAAUAUGGAGGAAAA